UGUUUCUUCACAUUCUCAAGCACUUGUAAUAUAACAACAUGUAAUACUAAUAACAUCGGUGUCAUAUAAUUUCAUUUUCUGUAUUUUUUUGCAUAUUUGUCGCAGUUUCCAUCAUUUCAUCUUUGUACAAAAAAUGGCUAUUCCUAAAGUGAAUGAAAAGUUACUUGAAGACCUUCAAGUGAUGGGAUUUCCACAAGCAAGAGCAACAAGAGCACUCUAUUAUUCUGGAAAUACAAGCUUAGAGGAUGCUAUAACUUGGAUGAUUGAUCAUGAAAAUGACACUGACAUUGAUGAGUUUCCAUUGGUUGAUGUAGACAUUAUCGAUAUCGAUACAUCUUCAUCAUUUCCUAUCACAGAAGAAAUGAGAAUGAAAGCUUAUAGUUUAAGGGAACAAGAGAGAAAGAGGAAACGGAAUGAAGAAAAAAUAAUCGAAAGAGAAAGGGAAAAGGAGAGGAUUCAAGCAGGUAAGAAACUCCUUGAGGCGAAGAGAAUCGCGGAAGAAAAUGAAAGAAAACGGAAUUUAGCUUUGAGAAAAGCAGAAAAAGAAGAAAAACAAAGAGCUAGAGGUAACAUUCUCAAGAAACUAGAGCAGGAUAAGCUAAAUAGAAGAUCUGAACAUGGAUUACCUUUAGAAAGCCAAGAAAAUGUGAGAUCAUCCGCGAUUGAAAUAAAGCAUGACAAGAUUUCAAAGCCGGUUUAUACAAGUACAAAAGUUGAGCAUUUGAGAGAAUGUUUGAGGUCUCUCAAGCGCGAACACAAGGGUGAGAAUGCAAGAGUCAGAAGAGGCUUUGAAACACUUCUAGUGUAUGUUGGAAAUGUUGUCAAGAAUCCAAAGGAAGAAAAAUUCAGGAAGAUUAGACUGAGCAAUCCAUUAUUUCAGGAUAGAGUUGGAAGUUUAGAUGGAGGUGUAGAGUUUCUUGAGCUAUGUGGUUUUGAGAGAACAGAUGAGUUCUUGUAUCUUCCUAGUGAAAAGAUUGACAUGGGACUACUAAGUUCAGCUGGUUUUGUCUUGAAUUCUGCUAUCACUAAUCCUUUCUUUGGACUUUUGAGUACUUAACUCAUUAUUAAUUUAGUUUGGAAAGUGCAUUGUUGUACUACAAUGUAAAGCAUGUAUAACACUGAAACUGUCUUUUCAGUUUAUGAAUUAUUAUAUCAUUUAUUGUUUUUUAAAGUUUCAUAUUAUCAUCAUGCACGUUUGUGAUAUAAUACGAAAUUGUUCAAUCAUCGAGCAUAAUAUCGUGAUUGUGUAGUCAGU